GAGAGAGAUUGCCCUAAGAAACGGAAAUUCUUUCGCUCCAAAUACCGAACAUGAGGGCGGGCCCGAAAGAAACCCUCCAAGAUAUCUUCAACUUUCUCGGCUCCGUGUCUUUCUUUGAAUACCAGAGAAUUUCUCUGGCGGUUCGUGCUUCGAACGAAAUCACACAAGAAGAAUCCGAUUGCUCUCUCUUGGCAGUACGUGAUUGAGACGAGAAGAAACGGAGAGAAAUGUCGAGUUCUGUGUGUUGCAAGUCUGUGAUUAUGGCGAAAUCGAUUGACAGCAAAGGAUUUGCGUGUACGAGAACAGUAUCAAUCUGUUCCAGGUUUGCUGCGAAUCGUGUUUCGCUCAUCGAUUCGAGACUAUUUAAGUCUAGGAUUUGUGGCGUGCGAGCUUCCAUGGUUGAUUCUUAUGGAAGCUCCGAUUUCGUCAAGAGGAUGGAGCAAGCAUGGGAGAUCUCUCAGCAACCAAGGCCUAUUUGCUGCUCUUCCUGCAACUCAAAUGGACAUGUUGAGUGCAAAUGGUGUAGAGGAACUGGCUUCUUUAUUCUUGGAGAUAAUAUGCUUUGUCAAGUUCCUUCCAGAAACACUAGCUGUGUCAUUUGUGCCGGCAAGGGAUCUAGGUGUUGCUCUGACUGUAAAGGCACAGGUUACCGGGCCAAAUGGCUAGGAGAGCCACCCAUCUCUAAAUAGCCUCAUCUCUAACUCAACUAUUACAACCCGUUCCACACAAAAGAUUAUUUCAUAAUGAAAAAAAAAAAAAAUUGCUUUGUUACAUAAUUUUAAUUGUUUUAGCUUAAUAAUGCUGCUUUUGAUGUUUUUUUAAUGCAAAUAUGUUGUUUCCAAAUUUUUGUAAAAACUGUGCUUUUCAGUAAAUUGUUCAUACUCAAAUUUCAUUCGGCUCA